GAUCCAAACCCACUGAAGUAACGACUGAUUAGAGAAACAAGGCAGGAAAGUCUGGAGCUUUGACUCUAAACAGGAAUAAAACCAGUGAAAGCAGGAAGAAAAAAAAGGAAUUUAACUCCAUGUAGGACCGUGAAGGACAGGAAGACUAGUGUAAACGUUAUUUUUUCAUUCAGUUUUCAGAGUCUGAGACUAUUUCAGUGCAGGAAAAGUCGUGUGCAUGAAAGGCUGUUGUCAACACUGACGGGGUUUUUCAGUCAUAGGUCUUGUCUGGUCGUCCUCGCAGCAGCAGCAGCAGUAGUUUCAGUCCCAGAAAUGAUGGCAGUUUCAGACAGACUGGUUCCUGUGCUUCUGUUGCUGUCUGUGGGUUCGGUCCGAAGUCAGAGUUCUUCCCAGGAUGCCUUCAUCAUGCAGUACAUGGAGAGGAGACUGGCUCAGAUAGAGGAACGUCUCAAUCAUUGUGAACAAAACACCAUGAGUGUCACCCAGAAGACUUAUGAUAUCUCCUCUGAAAUUAAGGGUUAUGCGACCACCCUUACUGUUCUGAGAUCUGAUAUAAAGAGCCAGGUGGACGGGGUGUCCUCACGUAUAGAACGGGUGGAGAGAGAAUUAGAGUAUCUGGAAAACAAACUCCCCGCCCAGUCUGACAUCGAGAUGGAAGAGGCGCUCCUGGAACAGCAGAUAAAAGCCGCAGAGCUGGACCAGAUGAAAAAGAAAGCCAACAUCAAAGUGGAAAAUGACUGCAGCACAGCCCUGAGUCAGAUCAAGUCUCUAAAGAUUGUGAAAAAGACAGGAGACACCUCUGGAUGCUGGUUCAAGGAUCCUUCUGAAGGAUCAUCUAAGGUGUAUCUGCUCAGUGGGUUUCGGAACAACUCUCUGCUGGAGUAUGUUUCUCUGAAGAGUUUCACAGAGAGGACCAUCAGCCCUCCUCCUAAGGUGGUGACGCUGCCUUUCCAUUGGCAGGGGACAGGUCAUGUGGUCUACAACGGGUUCAUCUACUACCACAAGGCAGACACCCCCAACCAGAUACUGAAGGUGGACCUGCUGAACGGUACAGUGGUGGACAGUACGCUGCUACCUGGGUCCGGCCGUCUACCGGUCUACAGCCUGAACCCCAACACCUACCUGGACAUGGCUGUGGAUGAACUCGGCCUGUGGGUCAUCCACGCAGACCCCGAGUACGGAGGGAACCUGGUCAUCACCAAACUGGACAAAGUCAGUUUGGCAGUAGAGUAUACCUGGGACACACGGUGUAAGAGCCAUGACGCUGAAGGAGCCUUUCUCAUAUGUGGAACCCUGUAUGUGGUCUACAACACACGCUAUGGAGGACGCUCCACCAUCCAGUGUCUGUAUGACAUCCAUGACACCAUUCACAGUGAAGAGAGUCCUGUGAUGUUCUUCCCGAAGCGUUACACCACCCACAGCAGCAUCCACUACAACCCCAAAGACAAACAGCUGUACGCCUGGGACGACGGCUACCAGACCAUCUACAAAGUGCAGACGCGCAGAAACGAUGAAGUCAUUGCUCAGUGAUGUUGACGUGGAGUCAUGCUCUUACUCUGAAGUAAUCAAGUAAAUACAGACAAGUGACAAAUUAAAGGAAAAAACUAAAGGUAGGAUGAUGAUACCCCGUCUGAAGAGCAUGAGGAUUUGACGGGAAUGACAAUGAAACAAGAAUGAGCUCUGUUCCCCUGCUACAGUUCAGCGACUAUCACAUCAUCACCUUAUUACACAUUUUAAUUCUUUAAUCCUUGAAUUUUUCUCUAUUUUUAACCAUGCAUUAUAACAUAGUUUUCUGUAUUUUCCAUUUUUCAGUAUAAAACAGGUAUUUUCCCAUAUUUAAUUUACUGAUCAUGUGGAUGUUUAUAAAAACUCAGCGUGAAUUCAAAGCCUGUCAUAUCACAACAGAGAAAACCGAAGAAAAAGAGACUUCUUCAGCUAAAUAUAUCAUUAACUGAGUAUAAAAAUAAGUGGGUUUUCCUGGUGAAUCAACGUUGCGGAAGAUCACGUUUCCAUGUUUACUUCAGAGCCUGUGAAUCUCCAAAAGCAACACAUCUGAUACUGUAAAAAAAAAAAAAGCACAGAAACAGCAUUUUACCUGAAUUAUUUCACUAUAUUAAUAGA